AUGACUAUUGUCGUCAGCGCAAUCCGUGUUGGUCGUGUCAAGAUGCUUAAAGCCAUGGUUGGAAGGGCGCGAGGAAGUCAGUCAGAUGCAGAGCAAGAACUUCUCUCUUCCACAUCCGAGGACGUUUGCGAACUAUGGAGUGGCCACGAAAUUGUCCGUGUCAUGGGUCAACCAGCGGGCAUGAAGACGUUGAUCAUUGUUGACGACACGGUUCAUGAUAUCAAGUCUGGGGUGCGGAGACGUAUUAUUGAAGAUUCUAAUCCUGAGGAUGAUGCUCUCGACUCUCUGACUGACGCUGCCCCCAACCUAGCUCUCAAUGUUCGAAACUCCACUGCUCCGUCUUGGGAGCUAUGA